CACCAAAUGAGACGAGAUAUAGCGAAUUAGGACUCAAGGAAGACUCAACACAUAGUUGAAGCUCUCGGAGACUCAAGGGGUUUUGUAUUUCGGUUCCCUCAAACUCCGAAAGACAAAGCACCCUCAUUAGAAGUCCAUUACUAUGUAGAAGCCGUCGUUUUAGUGCCAUGGGGGGCCUUCAAGGUAACUCGACUCGACUACAGGCCGUUUCAAGGGGUCGAGCAAGGGGUCGGGACCAGGGGCGAGGCCCCCCCACCCACACGCAACGGCAGUGGAACGACCUCCUGUUAGAUGCUGUUAGAUGAUAUGCUACUAGGUAUAUAUCCGUAUAAGAUGAGACGGCUCUGGAAAGGAUGAGUUUUCUUGUUCUGAUCUACGAUUUUCCCGUUCAUCUCCCGUUCAUCUUCGUCAUUUUCGUGUGAUCAGCCGGUCUGCUUCGAUUCUUUGGGUAGUUAAUUGUUUUCGUACAGCGUUCUGUCUCUCAUUCAUUUAUACUAUUCUUCGUCUUCUAGUUCUGUGAACAUCAUGUUUUCCCUUAGACAGAUCAUUACUGCUUCGGCCAUUCUGGCAGUGGCUCACGGCCAAGGUGUUAUAAUCAAAGCGCAAGGAGCGAAAGGAUCGCCGGCGAGUCUCGGCCUACAAGUUAAUCCCGAUGACAACGGCGACGCCAACUUCAUAUCGCAAACCGAGAUCGUGACAAACAUCGUGAACCAGUGCGGGAGAACUUUACAAGCCGGCAAUAUCGAUGUGGGCGCUAAUACCGAGGAUGCUCUGGCAGCAAACCAAGUCACCAAGGUGACCAAGGGCAGCAAGGUGAAUAUCACAAUUCGCCAAGUUAACGAGACCGGUGCUGGUCCGUAUACUUGUGAUAUGGACUUUACGGGCAACACGGCUGGAGCCACGGGCCAGGUCAAUGUUACAACAACCGAAAGCAAGGCCAACAAAAACGGAGAAAUUACUCUCGAAGUGGCGAUGCCCAACGACUUGGCAUGCAUCGGAUCAUCAACUGGUGACGUUUGUACUAUACGAUGCCGUAAUGCGAACGAAUUCGGCGGGUGUGUCGCAGUGCAACAAACCGAUACUACGCCAGCUAAAAACACGCCGCAGAACAUCCAAGCAUUCCAAUCGUUGGCGGGCAUCACCACUCAGAUCCAGCAGAACGUAGCUGAUCUUCCAGCGGCUGUCAAGGCGCUCUCGGAAUCUGGGAAGUCUGACGCGGAGAUCGGUACAGCUAUCGUAGACGGAAUCCAAGCGGCAGACCCGGCGACCGACGGACUUGCACAGGACCAAGCCAAUGCCGGCAACGCCGGUAAUACUGGUAAUACUGGUAAUACUGGUAACACUGGUAACAACAACGGCAAUGCCAAGGGCAAUGGUAACGGCAACAACCGGAACGGUAACGGCAAUGCCAAUGCCAAUGCCAACGCCAACGCCAACGCCAACGCCAAUGCCAACGCCAACGCCAAUGCCAACGGUAAUGCCAACAACCGCGGAGGAAGAGGUGGUCGCAACGGAGCCAACAACAACCAGCGACGCUCAAUGAUGCGCCGUCGCAGAUCAGCAUAGACAGGCGUGUUUUAGGCAGCAGAAGAUAAUGGAACCUACCUCUCUGCUCAGUUCAGUGCGUGGUUUCGGUGUAUCAUGGAACUUCGGAUGACCAAUGAAUGAUGUACAUUGAUUGAAAACAAUAAUCCCACUUGUGUAAAUAGCAAUAUUCAUAGACUCAAAGCUCCCGGGUGAGCUCCUUGUAUUUGUUUGAUCUAUUUUUGACCUUCACACCAGUCGACUUUCAAGAUAUUGGACAAUGUUCUAGGAGCACGUUUUGCUAGAGAUGACAGG